AUGCUAGAAUCGAAUAUAAAUGGUGAAAACUUGAUGAUUCCUAGACGUUUUGGUGGAGAUGCUAUUAUAUACAAUAUUUCAACAUUACCAGAAGUUUCUGUUAUUAUAUCUGAAUUAAUGGGAGAACAUUGUAAAGUAAAUAUAUGGUUUGAAUUUGCUUUAGCAUAUUAUCGUCUUAAAAGGUACAACGACUUUCAGAAGAUUCUUGAGGAAGGAAUAAUGUUUGGAAAAGAGGAAAAUAAAGGUGAAAAUUCAGAUUUACUAAAAUUACAUGAUGCCAUUACCUCAUAUCAAAUUUUAUGUGGUUGUAAGGAGACAGAAAAAACUAAAAGAAGUCAACAUUUCUCAAAAGCAAUGGAGCAUUUGAAUCAUGGAGACGAAAUUUUUAAAUAUGAUGAAAAUCAUCUUCUCCAACGAGGUUUUUACCUGUUAUAUGAAGGUCAAAAAUUGGAUCACGCUGAGGCGCAAUUUAAAUUUAUUACAAAUACAAAUGAGGGAAAUAUUCCAGCACUUAUAGGUUAUGCCUGUGUAUUGUAUAAUAAAAAAGAAUACAAUAAAUCUUUACAAUUUUUUAAAAAAGCUCUUAAAAUUUGUCCAAAAUCACCAACUUAUGUUCGUCUUGGAAUUGGUUACUGUUUAUUAAAAUUAGGUUAUGUAAAAAAAGCAAGAAUAGCUUUUGAAAGAGUACUUGAACUUGAAGAAAAUAAUAGUUAUGCUUUAACAGCUUUAGCUGUAAUUAAUUUUAGUGAAAAUACUUUAGAAUCAACUACUGCAGGUGCAAAAAAAUUAAUAAAAUCAUGGAAGAAUGAUAACAAUAAUGUCUUAACAGCUUUAGAAUUAUCAGACUUUUUGUUUUUAAGAGAAAAUUAUGAAAAAAGUGAAAAAUAUUGUAAAGUUGCUCUAAAUUUGUCAGAGUCUCCUGCUUUAAAAAGUAGAAGUCAUUAUCUUGUUGGUAGAUGUCAUCAUCAAAAAGGUCAAAUUGAUUUAGCUAUAAAGCACUACAAUAUUGCAAUAAGUUUUUCUAAAUCUGAAUUAAUUAAUCCAUUUUUUGGACUUGGACAAUUAUAUGCAAAAAAGAAAGAAUUUGAAAAAGCAAUAGAAUAUUUUGAAAAAAUUUUAAUUAACAUUCCUGAUAAUCUUAAUUUGAAGAAAGCAUUAAUUAUGAUGUAUAUAAGAUCACCUGGUAAGGAUUCUGAUACACAAAACAAACGUAUAUCUUUAGUCAAACAAUAUUUUUCUGAAUUAUUAGUUGGUGAAAAUUUGAUUGAUCCUUUGUUAGUUGUUGAACAUGCAAGAUUUAUUGAAAAAACAAAUGUUAGCCUUGCAUUAAAAGAAAUAUCUCGGAUAAUCUCAAUUUAUAAAGAGUCGGGUAAUAAUUUUAUACCAAUCGAAUUACUUAAUAAUUAUGGAGUAUAUUUAUUUAAAAAUAAUGUAUAUACCGAAGCAAAUACUAUUUUUUCUGAAUGUUUUUCUAGACUUAAGAUGGAACAUUUUAAAAAAUCUCCUUAUAUUGAUAGUCUUGAAUUAACUUUGACAUUUAAUACUGCUAGAGUAAAAGAAGAAUUAGGAUAUACUGAUAAAGCAAUUGCAUUAUAUAAACAGCUAUUAAAAUUAAAACCAAAUUAUUUUGAAGCAAAUAUAAGAUUAGGAAAAAUUGCUGAAAAAUGUAGUAAUUAUAAAUUAGCUAGUAAUUAUUAUCAAGAAGUAAUUACUCGUGAUCCUCAUAAUAUUGAAGCAUUAUCAUCACUUGGAUAUCUUUAUAUGAAAAAAAAGAAUUUUUUAGAGGCACAAAAAAAAUUUGAAUCAAUUUUAAAAUUACCAGAACACAAGAAUAAUGCUUAUGCUUACUUGGCUCUUGGAAUAAUUUGGUUAGAUCAACUUUGUAAACCAAAUAGAAAUAAAGAAAAAGAUAAAGAAAAUGUUUCAAGAGCAUUUGAUAUGUUUAAUAAAGUUUUAAAACAUCAUCCUAAAAAUGCUUAUGCUGGAAAUUGUAUAGGUGUUUUACUUACAUUUAUUGGUAAUUAUGAAGAGGCAAGAGAAUGUUUUGCUGAGGUUCGUGAAAAUUUAUUUAAUGAUAAAGGUCCUUGGUUAAAUUUAGCAUAUGUUUAUGGUAUGCUUAAAAAUUAUCUUAAUGCUAUUCAAAUGUAUAAAGCUACUAUUGAAAAAUUUGGAUUAGGUAAUGAUCCAGAUAUUUUGAUAGCUCUUGGUUGUAUGUAUUGGAAAAAAGAAGAUUACAGUAAUGCAAUGGAAUGUAUGAUUCAGACUGUCAAUAUUGAUCCUUUAAAUUUAUAUGCUAAGUAUAAUUUGGCAAAAAUUUACACUAAAAUUGGUUUAAAAAUUAUAGAAUCAUCAAAUUAUUCUUUAUCUGAAUUAGAUAAUUCAAUUGAUUAUUUUAAUGAAUCUAAAAAUAUUUUUAAUGACAUCUAUGCUUGUUUAAAUAAUAUUAGUGAUUUAAAAUUUAAAUGGAAGUAUUUGAAUGUAACACAAUUGAUUGAGGAAAGUACAAUUUGUGAAGAUUAUCUUAUUCAGGCAAAUUCAAAAAGACCAGAAAUUGUUGAAACUGAAAAAGCUAAAGAAGAAGGUAAAAAGAAACAGAAGGAGAUUAUUUUAAAGUUAGAGGAAGAAAAGGUAGCACAAAUGAAGCUUAAAGAAAGUAAGGAAUUCGAAAGACAAAAUCGACUUCGUGAUCUUCGUAAUGAAUUUCUCAAUAUGAAUAAGGAUGCACUUAAAGUUUCUGUUGUUGAAGAUAAGAAAAAACCUAGUAGUAAGAAAGAAAGUGACAAAAAAAAGAAGACUGAUGAUUUAGAUUUAUUUAUUGUAUCUGAUGAAGAAUAUGAGAGAAAAAAUGAUAAGAAAAAACAAAGAAGAAAAAAAAAGAUAAAUCGUAUAAGGCAAAUAGUAUCUGAUGAGGAAGAGAGUAAUGAUCUUAAGAAACAAGAAGAUGAUACAGGAAAGGAAAGUUUUAUUUCUAAUGACGAUAUAAAUACUGAUAACAAGAUAUGUUUUUCUACUUUAGAGAACGAAACAAAUGAAAAUUAUAAAGAUGAAGAAUUUUCUUCUUCAUCUCUUUCUACAUCUGGUGUAUUUGGACCUAACACUGAUGAUUCAUCAAAUUCUUUGUCAAAUUAA